AUGGCAGAAGUGGUGGGACUGGUAUCUGGCAUCGCCAGUCUGGUCGCCCUGGCCGUGAAGAUCACCGGACUUAGCUGCAGCUACAUCGCCGACACCCGUUCCGCACACAGCGCACAGAAGCAGUAUCUUCGCGAAGUCAAUCUGCUGACCGAAGUACUUCUACGAAUUGAAGAAGUCUCCCAAAACCUCGAGAAAGAUAACAUUGCCUUCAACCGACCGAACGACUUGUUCAAGACCGAACUGGCAGAGUGUGCUGAAAAGUUGGGGAAGCUAUGCUCCGAGCUCCAAAAGCCGUCACCCAGCAUAUUCUGGCCGAUCCAUGAAAGAACUCUGAAGAAACACGUGGAAGAUCUUCAUCGGUUUCGCGGCAUCUUCGACAGCUUCCUGUCAGCGCAGUCGCUCACCAUUGCAACUGCAACGCACCGAAACGUCUCACGCCUUGCUAGUCAUCAAGACCAGACAGAUCUCCUGGAAUGGCUCGGCAAUCCUACAGAAACCUCUAAACCCGUUCCCAGCCCCCUGAUCGAUACUGGAACCUGGUUCUUGAACUCGGAAGCUUACAAGCAGUGGGUAGAUGGAAGCAAGCCAUCGCUCCUUUGGUGUCAUGGCCCUCCCGGCGUCGGGAAGUCGAUGCUCGCGGCUGUGGCUAUUCAAGAUCUGGGCGCUCGUGCAGGCCCUGUACCAGUUUUGCAUUACUUCUUCGACUUUGGGAACCGAAAAGAGCAGACAAGGGAAACGAUUUGGAAGGACCUGCUGCGACAGGUCAUCGCCAAGGGAAACGCCUCUACGGUCCAGAAGCUCGUCAGUUUUCGAAAGGAGUUGGGUCUUCAUCGCCCCGCCAGCUCGAAAGACUUCUCCGAUGCCUUGAAGAUCGCCUGCGCGGAUCAGCAAUUUGUUCUGGUUCUCGACGGUUCCGAUGAAAUGGAAACCUCGAGAGAACUCAAGACCAUUUUGGUGCCCUUUGCCAAUGCUAGCCUUCUAGUCACCAGCAGAGACACGCCAGAGAUACGUUCCACGUUGAGUCAAGCUACGGCGAUGGAGGUGAGAGCUGAUGCUGACGACAUGAGGGCCUAUGUAGCCUCUCGACUCGAGGAGCACGAUUUGGAUGAUUUGAUCGAGAAACACUCCGGGCUGGAGAAAGAGAUUCUCGAGAAAUCUCAAGGAAUCUUCCUGCUUGUCCGGCUUCUGGUCGACCAACUUGUCGACCUCAGUACUGUGAAAGAAAUGCGAAAAGCCCUGCAGGUGUUCCCGACCCACCUCGACGAGGCCUUCGAAUCGAGUCUUCAGAGAAUCAACGCCCAGUCUCAAUCACACAGCGCUCUCGCAAAUCGGGUCAUGGGGUGGAUCGUCUCUGCCGAGAGGAAGCUUCAGAUGCCAGAGCUCGCUCACGGCCUCGCCACUGAAGAAGGUUUUGAUGUGAUCGACGAAGAGAACUUGGUAUCAUCCAAAACUAUCCUCAAGGUUUGCGGAGGACUUGUUGUUCUUCAAGGAAGCGCAGUCAGCAUGGUGCACAUCACCGUUCAUACUUGGCUGCGCAACCGAUACGAUGGCCUAUAUCACAAAGACCUCGCAGAAUCAUGUUUGACAUAUCUCACCAUGACCUCGUUCUCAAGCGGAGCUGCUCAAAGCUUAAAUGAGAUGGACAAACGCUUGAGCACCUUCCCCUUUUUCUCUUACGCCGCUCAGUGUUGGAGAAGGCAUCUCACCAAGGCAAAAGAUGCCAGAGUUGUCAAGUCCAUUGACCAAUUACUAAAUGAUUCCGGACUUCGGUCCGCUGCUUUCCAGGGCGCAAAUUAUAAGAAUAAUUUCAAAUGCCCAGUCAUCAGAGAGGCAGUGCUUGAGACAAUGCCUCAAGGUCACUCAGCCCUGCACUUUGCUUCGUACUGGAACCUGACCGAGAUGGCUGAGAGGCUUCUGUUGAACGGAGAGGAAAAGAAUGCCAUGGACACACAGUCAUGGACCCCGCUGCAUUGGGCUUAUUUUGCUCAAAGUCAGGAAGCUGUUGAGACUCUAAUUUCGCAUGGAGCCGACGCUAAUGCAAAAGAUUCAGUCGGAUGGACCCCCCUUUUUUGGGCAGUCCUAAACGGCGACAUAAGGGCGGUAAACUGUUUGCUUCAACACCAGGCAAGAUACACUGAACGCGACAUCCACGAUUGGACAGCUUUGAGGUGGGCAGUGGCAAGUCUACAGAUUGAUAUUGUCAAGAUUUUGCUCAAGCAUCACACCAAGCUGACGUCGCAAUCCAACGACAGCUUGUCCAUCAUCAAGCACCUCAGCCUCGACGAGGCACGCGCUCAUAUUGCUUCAUAUCCCCAAUACAGCAAGCGGGACAUAAUUGAUGAAUUAGAGGCCACCUUUGCAGAUUCAGAUGGAUACGCAAAUGAGUAUGACGACCUUCUCCCUAUUUUCCAAGAAACAUCCUUCGACAGCACUUGUGGAGAAGUGGACGCUUUGAUCCCCCUACUGGAAACCCAUGGAGAUGUCGGAUGA